AUGGCGCAAAAGAUGGGAGCAAUGGAGGCACUUUUGAAAAGCAUGUAUAUGCAACAAAAUCCACAUUUAAGUGAAGAGGAAGUAGAUGAUAAGAUGAGAGAAGCUUUGCACAAUGAUAAUAUUCUAACACCACGCUCAUCGACAUCAACAUAUGCUCCUACUCAUCAAAAGAUGGUUAGAAACAAAGAUGAUCCUCAAGAUGAACAAGAUGAUGAUCUUCAAUAUGAUCAAGAUGAUGAUGAUCUUCAAUAUGAUCAAGAUGAUGAUGAUCUUCAAUAUGAUCAAGAUGAUAAUGAUCUUCAAUAUGAUAAUAUUCAAGAUGAUGAUUCUCAUGAACCUCAACACAAUGAAUAUGAUAAAGACCGCCAUUGA